CAUUGUGGUCAAUAUUACACAACCAGUAAUCGAAAAGUCUCACCCCGGUUCGUUCCGUGGUUCCGAGUCAUCGUAUAUCCAAUUCGGCAUUAACCAGCAACACAUCCGCGAUGGCCGAGGCUAACCAGUCAAUCGUGAAGAAACUCGGCCUGAAGCCGUUGACCAAGGAGAACAUCCUGUACUACUAUUUUCCGCUGCAAAGUAUGGUCAGCUAUGCGGCUCUCUCGGUAAACGUCAUGAACCCAUCAAUCGCCAUCAGAUUGCUACCCAAGCGGGACGUCACAAACUUCCUGCUCGUCCACACCUUGUUCGGGACGACACUGUACUUCUACAGUCGCCCGCACUUGGCUGCCGUUCCGGCGCAGCGUCGUGCCGCCUAUAGCUUUUGCGGAGCGGUUCUGUUCAGCUUCGGUUCGGUGCUGGUUUGGGCCGUGUUGCGAAGUGCCAUCCCAAGGAACCAGGGUCUGGCCACGGCACUGGGGCUGUCGUCCGGCGUGGUGAUGGCGAAGCUGGCGUACGAUUACUUGGACAGCAACGAUAAGCAGUUAGUGGCCAAGAAUUAAGGCUUACGGUUCUUAAAAGGUAACCGAGGAAAUAAUUUCGGAGGUGCAUGUUUGAUUGUAAUGUUCAUUUAUUUUUUUUUCAACAUCAUUUAGAAAGUUUUAUUCAUUAAAAGAUUGUUAGAUGGAAUAAAGAUUGUUUGAUUCAAUUCUACGCUACAUAA